UAAUCUGAACUGGCUAUCCUGGCCAUGACAGAUUGAGAGGCCAGCUGCCUAUCAGUACAGGAGCUCUUUGGAGAAAGGACUGGAGGAAGUGUUGAAAAGACUAAAACAUGAAUAAAUUUGUGACUGAGCAGGAGGUAACCGAGAGAGGUGUUUAUAAUGAGGUUGUUUCCCUCCUGGCACAUAUGGCUGACCAAAAUAAGAACAAAAUUGCCCUCAGGAUUGCCUCUAUAGCUAAGACCAAGCUGGCUAGUGUUGUGAGAGUUCUGCUGGAGAAACUGCAACAGGAUGAGCAAAACAAAAUAGACAUUUACUAUAUCCUGGAGAAUGUGUUAGAGCAGGACACCGGGGGCCUAGAGAGAAGGCUAGUGUACAAAAUUAUAAGCCUAGCCUCACAGCAGAUGAGAGAGACUCGGCAAGUAACAAAUGAACUUAAAGUGGCAGCUAGUAACACCUUAGUGACGCUGGCACGCUGCUAUUUCAAUGAUGUGAUGUCUGAGCUGCGGUGUCAUCUGAACCUGCCGGAAGAGUUUAUUUUAGUUACACUGGGCAACCUGUCAUCAGCCUAUGCACUUAAGUGUAUCCGUUUUGUGAGAAUGACCCUGUAUGAUAUGGACUGCAUGCUGGAAUUAGUCAACGACAGCAGGAUGAGACAAGCAUUUUGUGGUGUUCUGGAAAAAUGGUCAAGAGCAGUAAAUUUCUAUUUCACUAACUGGGAAAAGUGCUCAUUCCAUAGAAUGGAUGCAUCGCAAUUCUGCGAUCCAAUUCUUCCUAUUUAUGCUCAUGUGACCAGCAACUGGCUGACCUGUGAGGAGCCGGAGCUCAAGCAGGCUAUCAUCAAAGCCCUUGGUCCCAUGAUGAGCCUCCUGCUACACAAAGAAGGCCAUCAAGAUCAGCUAUUUAAACCGAUCUCAUGGCUCCUUGAGCAAUAUAAGGAGAACACUGAUGUUUUUCACAUCACCAAGAGUCUGAGCCAGCUCUUGGAGGUCUCUGGUGAAUAUAAGAUCCCUCUUCCUGACGGGAAGUUUCAAGCCAUCUGCAGUGCUCUGCACAACCAGCUCUGUUCUCAAGCUAAGCUGCUCAGCAUGGAAAAUCACACAGAGCUGGUCUAUUGUAUAGUUCAGCUAGCCCGUUCUUCUCCUGAUGAUCUGAUAGCCUUUCUGCACUCUCAGCUGAAGAUUGAGAAUGAGGCUGUUCGUGUGGCAUCUCUGAAUCUGCUCAGAGCUAUUGUUGGUGCUGACUGUAAGUAACACAGGAGCAACUGUGCCAGCUGCCCUCU